AUGACCAUGGGACGUAAUCGCCGACAAGCCGCUCUCUCCAAGUCCAUCCAGCUCGCGCUGUUUCGCGAGCCGAAAGACUUCCAACAGACCUGCACCGGGCAGGUUUUGGCCUUCUUCAGUUUGCUCGAUCUGAAACUCCUUCGCUAUGGCGACGAGACCUUCCGAAGGAUGCGCAAUGAGGCGUGGGAGAUCGACGAGGACGAAUACAAAUCCAGCUUCCGUGGCGAAAACAGGUCCCUACUCUUAAAGCCCAUGGGCGACCUCGGAUUCUCGGGAUCGACCUUCCUCAGCACCUCAAACUCCAAAUUCCUUGUCAAAAGCCUCCCCCGGCACUUCGAGCACUCCUUCUUCCGCGAAGACCUGUUCCAGCCCUACUACCACCACAUUCGCACCCAUCCUCAGACACUCCUGGUAUGGAUCACCGACUAUCUCUACGCCCCAUACAAAUCCCUCGGCAGUCUUCUAAACACCACGCCGGCGCACCACAUCAUCAUGGAAAACGUGCUUUACGGCCGCGAAGAGGACCCCCGCUCCGACCAGUGGGAGACGUACGACCUCAAGCCGAUUGAUUACUUCUACCCGGAGCGAGACCUGGUGCCCGAACCCCUGGUGAGCGAGGAGACAAUCAGCAGGUUGGCGGACGAGUUCCCGGAUAAGAUCCGGCUGACACGCGCGCGAUAUGAGGAUAUGAUGAACAUGCUGCGGACAGACACGGAGCUUUUGGAGGCGUCCAACACGGUUGACUACUCGCUGUUUCUAGUGCGCUACCCCGCGUCCAGCGAACCGGACGUCGUGGGGAGAAGGGCUCCCUGGCGGGUCGGCGUGCCGUCCACGGAUGGGAAAUGGAAGUACCGGGCGGUGGUGUUGGAUUUCUUCUGGGCCAAACACAAGUUGCACGCGCAGGCCAUGACCGGAGUAGUGCAGACGUUCAACGUCCUCGGCCGGCAGGGGCCGAUGUCCAUCACGACAACGGCGGAUGAGUAUCAGCACAAGUUCCUCAGCAUGGUGGAUGCGAUGAUGGAGGUUUCCUAG